AUGGAAAGUUCUUUCGGGGUUCUCCCCUUUUUGAAACGCCUUUGUGAUACUGAAACCAAUGAAAUAAAAAAUUUGGAGAUAAACCAGGAUACGAGGAUUGCGAAAGACUUGGCGGGGCAUGUAAGACGGUCACAAGAUAAAACAAUCAACUCAAAAGGACAAAAACUUUUGAGAUUGUGUGAAGAGAUGGGUAUCUACAUUGCAAAUGGUUACGCUGAAGGAGAUAAGACAGGAGGAAUAACCUUUGUACAAGGCUGCAAAGAAAACUGCGUAUCAGUCCUGGAUUUGGUUCUACGCAUAGGACCCAAAGCUCUUACGGCUAUAAAAGAACUACAGGUGGAGGCCAGACCAGAAUCUGACCAUCUCAGAGGAAAGAAGAAAACACCACAGAUGCCAGAACAAGAAUAUCCCUACGCUUGGAUAGAAAUAGAUUGCAAUGCAGAAGCUGUCAACUGGGAGAAUCUCAAAACAGUCAUCUGGAACGCAGCAACAAGCAGUGGUAUGUCAACAAAAGGAAAUAAAAAAGAACGAUCAACAGAGAUAUGGUAUAACAAAGAAGAAGGCAAGAAGACAGUUUGGAGCAACCUCAAAAAAUAUCUCAAUAAUAAAAGUAAAGAAGGCAAAGAAAAACUAAGAGUAUCACGUCAGAACUAUCGAGAAACAUUGAAGCAAGAGGAAAAAGAAGAAGAGCAUCACCUAGACACAGAGAAAGACCCUAAAAACUCGGUGCAGAAUGAAGAACUAGACGAAGAAUUAACAAAACAAGAGUUAAGAGACACGAUGAUCGAGCUAAAAAAUGGCAAAGCAGCAGGUGAGGAUGGUAUCACUACAGAAUUUAUCAAAACCUUUCCGACUCAAGACAAAACGAACUACUCCAAACAAUAA